AUGGAUUCCUUCAUGCUUCAAGAUGACGGCGUGCGUGACCGUAUUCGUCAAGCAGAGGAGUUUCUGGUUCCUAACGACCCCCAUGCUCGAAGUUAUAGAGCGGACAUCAUCUUGAUGUUACGCAAGAACCAGCGCCGCCUUACCGUCAACCUAGACCACGUCCGAGAUCACAACCCAGAAUUAGCGCAAGAGAUACUUCAGAAGCCCUUCGAUUGCACUCUUGCUUUCAACCAUGCCCUCAAGGAGAUCGUGCAAACGCUGCCUCAAGCCCGGCCUGACCAAACGGCGAGGGAUACCGUUUACUACUGCGCGUGGGCUGGAAACUUUGGUCUCAAUGCCUGUAACCCUCGCACGCUGUCAUCUCAGCACUUGAACCACAUGGUUUCUGUUGAGGGUAUUGUGACGAGAUGCUCUCUCAUUCGGCCCAAAGUCGUACGAAGCGUUCACUACAACGAAGCCAAAGACAAGUUCCAUUUUCGCGAAUACCAGGACCAGACUAUGACCAACGGUGUGACUACAUCCAGCGUCUAUCCGCAAGAGGAUGAUGAAGGAAACCCUCUCACUACGGAGUAUGGAUUCUGCACAUAUCGUGAUCAUCAGACAGUUUCGAUUCAGGAGAUGCCUGAAAGAGCGCCCGCCGGUCAGCUUCCUCGAGGCGUUGACGUUAUUUUGGAUGAUGAUUUGGUUGACCAGGUAAAGCCUGGUGACCGAAUCCAACUUGUCGGCAUCUUUCGUACCCUGGGAAACAGAAACGUCAACCACAACAGCGCGUUAUUCAAGACAGUUGUUCUUGCUAAUAACGUAGUCCUUUUAUCGUCCAAAUCCAGUGGUGGGCUGGCCACUGCGUCUAUUACUGAUACAGACAUCCGAAAUAUUAACAAAGUUGCCAAAAAGAAGGACCUUCUCGGGCUUCUGUCGCAGUCUCUUGCUCCGAGUAUUUACGGCCAUGAUUAUGUUAAAAAGGCCAUUUUGCUCAUGCUACUAGGAGGAGUAGAAAAAAACCUCGAGAAUGGCACGCAUUUGAGAGGAGAUAUCAAUAUCCUAAUGGUCGGCGAUCCCUCUACUGCCAAAUCUCAACUCUUGCGAUUCGUUCUGAACACAGCACCACUAGCUAUCGCUACCACAGGUCGUGGCUCUUCCGGAGUUGGUUUGACGGCAGCCGUUACUACUGAUAAGGAGACCGGAGAGCGGAAAUUGGAGGCUGGUGCAAUGGUCAUGGCUGACAGAGGAGUUGUCUGCAUUGAUGAAUUUGACAAAAUGUCAGACAUUGAUCGAGUGGCUAUCCAUGAAGUCAUGGAGCAGCAGACAGUUACCAUCGCCAAGGCGGGUAUUCAUACUUCGUUGAAUGCUCGAUGCUCUGUUAUCGCAGCUGCCAAUCCCAUCUUUGGGCAGUAUGAUCCUCACAAGGACCCCCACAGGAAUAUUGCACUCCCAGACUCCCUAUUGUCACGUUUCGAUUUGCUCUUUGUCGUCACUGAUGACAUUGAAGACGCUAGAGACAGGCAAGUUUCUGAGCACGUAUUACGCAUGCAUAGAUACCGCCAGGCGGGCAGCGAAGAGGGCGCCCCUGUCCGUGAACAAGUCUCUCAGUCGCUGGGCGUCUCUGCCAACACUCAGGCUGGAUCCCAACAGUCAACAGAUGUUUAUGAGAAAUAUGACGCGAUGCUGCACUCAGGCGUAACUAGGACAUUGGGCCGAGGGUCCAACAAAAAAAUCGAGAUUCUUAGCAUACCCUUUAUGAAGAAGUAUAUCCAAUAUGCUAAGCGGAUUAAGCCUGUUCUCACUCAGGAAGCAUCGGAUCGAAUUGCCGACAUAUACGUUGGUCUUCGAAAUGACGAGAUGGAGGGAAACCAGAGGCGAACGAGUCCGCUCACCGUCCGUAGUCUGGAGACAAUCAUACGACUGGCCACUGCCCACGCCAAGUCACGACUCUCAAGUCGAGUGGAGGAACGAGAUGCAGUCGCUGCGGAGGGUAUCUUGCGAUUUGCCCUCUUCAAAGAAAUCGUAGAGGAUAACUCGCGGAGAAAGCGCAGGCGUACACAAGCCACUGGCGUGGUCUCAUCCAGUGAUGACAGCGAUGAGGAUGAUAGCGACGACGGGGAUGACGGGCAAAGCCAACAGACCAGCCAGCCGAACGGAAGCAAUUCUCGAAGUUCUACUGCGCGUAUGCAGACCAGAACUUCUUCAAGGCUUAAUGGCACGAAUGGAUCUACAAGCCAAAACUCAAAUGGCUUAUCCCAAGCAUCGGGAGCGACCACGAUCCCAGGCAAUAGCUCUCAACCACACGGAAUGGUGGAUACGCAAAGCUCCUUUGCCUCAACACUGCCUGCGUCUCAGGUCCUGUCCCCGACUCAGGGAGAGGCUGAAGAUGAGAACCUGGCUAGUGCUGCCAGCAAUUUGGAGAUUGAUGAAGCCAGCCUCGCCCCUCAGCGACUGUCAACUUUCAGGACCAACCUUGGCCAGUUGCUCAACACUGAUAUUUUCGAGGAUGACUCAGCUCCCCUCGCUGCGGUAAUCAAUGCCAUCAACGGUAGAAUUGGUAACCGCGAAGGAGGUGCCUUUAGCAGACCAGAAGCAAUUUUGGCGCUGAAGAAAUUGGAAGAAGCAAAUCACAUCAUGUUUGGUGACGGUGAUGUUAUUUACAAAAUUUGA